AUGAACAGGCGAUUCCAACAAGCUUUCAACGCUUUAAAGGAGCAUACAUGCGUCAACUAUGCUAAAUUAGCCACCAUCGGUGGCCUCGGCAACGUUGAUCUCAUCCUCGUAAAGGCAACGGCUCCCACUGACUUGCCUUUGGCCGAUAAAUACGUCCAUCAGCUUCAGAAGAUAUUCGCCGUUUCCCCUCCUUGUUGUCGAGCUUUCUCGCACAGCUUCGCUCGUCGUUUUGGGAAGACACGAAGCUGGCGAGUCGCGUUGAAAUGCUUACUCCUCCUUCACCGGUUGCUUCGUUCGUUGCCCGAAGACAGCCCUUUUCGAACCGAACUCUUGAUUAACCGAUCCAACGGCUCCAUCUCCUUGUACCCUUGUCGUUUCCAGGAUGUUUCGUCGUCGAAUCCCGGGAGUUUCACCAUGUUUAUCCGAUCGUACGCUCAUUUGCUAGACGAAGUCUCCAACGAAGAUAAUCAUCACUCCGGAAUGUCGGAUGACAAAACGGAAGAAAUCGGAACGGUUCUGGAGGUGUUGCGACGGAUACAAAGCCUGAUCGAUCGAGUCAUCGAUUGCCGACCGACUGGUAUCGCAGCCCGAAGCUUCUUGAUUCAGACAGCGAUGAAAUACAUCAUUCGGGACAGCUUCGUAUGUUACACCGUGUUCCGAAAGGACAUCGUUCUGGUGUUGGAAAACCUGUUCCAGAUGCCGUACCGGAGAUGCAUAUCGGCUUUCGGGAUAUACAAGAAAGCAGCCUUGCAAGGGAAUCAGUUGUGGGAGUUUUAUCAAUGGUGUAAGCUCAUGGGAGUCUGUGGAUCCUACGAAUAUCCAUUCGUGGAUCGGAUCCCAUUGAUUCAAAUUCAUGCUCUUGAAACUUUCAUCAAAGGAAUGUGGGAACUAACAGAUGAAGAUGAUCAUCAAUCCUCCUCGUCAACGCCUGAGAAGGUUACUGAAGAUGAUCAAGAAGAAAGGGAGCCAUUGAUUCUGCUUGAUGAUCAUGCACAUGAUGAAACUGAUAACUGGGAAGAUAUAUUGGAAGCCUCAAUUGUUGGAUUCAACGACCAUAACCAUGGAACUAAUGGGAAAGAAGAAUGGAAGAUUGAAGCUUAUAAUCCUUUUGAGUCUGCAAAAUAUGUUUUCAAUUUUAUAUGUUCAAAAGAGGUGGUUGCCAUCCCACCUGGUACGACCACUUGGCCGGCUCCUCCUCCAAGACAUUAUCCACCUCAUCUACCUGUUGCCGGCACCGGAGUUUUCCUACCUCCACCGGGCUUCGAUAAUUCAUCACCUCAACUAUUGCCAACUACUGGAACUGAACUCAACAUUCCCUUUGACGCAACUUCCCCACCCGAAAAAGAGAAUGACCCUCAGAAACCCGAUCUUAACACAACUGCUCCUGGACAAGCUUGGAUGGAAAAUAGAGAAACCAAGACAGCACAGUAG